UGUUCUUCUGUCAAACAUGGAAAGAAUUGAGCCUCUUUGGACAAAAGACUCAUCAUAUGGACUUAAACUUUAUAAAUGGAUCUCUUGGCCAAUGGGCACAUGGCCCUUUGGCUGCGAAAAUUAUUUUUCCAUUUUUCGUUUGAUUUUCGCUAUUAUAUCUCAGAUUACAUUUUUAAUUAGUUUAAUAGCAGAAGUAUCACAAAAUUGCAUCACAAUGGAUGUGAAAGUAGACUAUAUUGCAAAUUUAUCAUGCGUUGUAAUGUGUCUUGUGAAAAUAAUAAUAAUUCGUCUUCAUCAUAAUAAAAUAAUUUUUGUCCUAUCAUCAGCAAUGAAAGAUUGGUUAUUAGAAAAAGAUGAUAAUUCACAGACAAUAAUGAAAUCUUAUGCCCAAACUGGUAGAUCAUUUUUUAUGGGACAAAUUUUUUUUGCAUUUUUUAUCAUAAGCGUAAUGGUUGCUGGAAAUAUUCCACUUUUAUUGACAGUAGAUGAAUUAAAAUUUGAAAAUAUAAGUUUACCCCUUAAUCCACUGCCAAUGUCAAUGGAUUGUCUUUAUAAAAAAAAUAUGUCAAUGACAAUUAAUAUUUGUGUUUAUGUAAUACAAAGUUUACAAUUGUAUAUUACAACAAUUGGCUGUACUGGUAGUGAUGUUUUUUUCUUUGGAUUGGCAAUGCAUAUUUGUGGACAAUUUGAAAUUUUGAAAAAUCAAAUUACACAAUUUGGAGGAAUUGAAAAUAAAAUUCUACUUCAAUGUAAUUUACGAAAAUUAAUUAAAAGACAUAAUCAUCUAAUUAACAUGUCACAAUCGCUUGAGGAUUCUUUUACUGGAAUUUUGUUGGUUCAACUUUUUUUUAAUUUAUUAAUUAUUGUCUUUUUAGGAAUCCAAAUAAUUAUGAAUCUAAAGACAGGAAAUAUUUUAUUAGUAUCGAGAUCGGCAAUGGCUGUGCUAGUGAUAAUUUUUCAAUUUUUCAUCUAUUGCUAUUCGGGUGAUUAUUUGACAACAUUAAAUGAAAUUUUAUUGGAUGCAGUUUAUAAUUGUUCAUGGUAUAAUUUUCCAACAAAUAUCAGUAAGAAUUUAAUUUUCAUUAUGAUGAGAACACAAUUGAAAUUUCACAUAACUGCUGGGAAAUUUUGCAAUAUGGAUAUGGAAAAUUUUAAAAAUAUCGUUAAAGCAUCAUUAUCAUAUAUUUCCGUUCUAAUGGUAAUGUUCAAAUUAGAAAUACAAGAAGGGGAUGGGGUGAUAUUAUGUACAAAAAAAAUGAACAGUUAUGAUCUUAUGACAAACAUGGAAAGCACUCAACAAAUAAAGAACAAAGACACAAUAUAUGGACUUGAAAUUUAUAAAUGGAUCACUUGGCCUCUCGGCAUAUGGCCCCUUGAUUGCGAAAAUAAUUUUUCUAUUUUUCGCACAUCACUUGCUCUUAUCACUCAGAUUAGCUUUUUAAUCAGCAUAGUAGGAGAAGUAUGUCAAAAUUGCAGUUCAAUAGAUAUGAAAAUAGACUUAAUAGGAAAUUUAACGUGUGCAUUAAUGUGUUUUAUAAAAAUAUUAAUGAUUAGAAUUAAUCGAAAAAAAUUAUUAACAAUAAUAUCCUCAGCAAUUAUUGACUGGUCAUCAAAUAAUGAUGAGACGUCAUUAAAAAUUAUGAGAUCCUUUGCUCAUAAAAGUAGAUCAUUUUAUAUUGGUCAAAUGUCCUUUGCACUUUUUACAGUAAUAGUGAUGAUUAUUACAAAUUUGCCACUUUUAUUGGGUGAUAAAGAAAAAUUUCAAAAUAUCACCACACCACUAAAUCCACUUCCAAUACCAAUGGAUUGUUUUUAUAAACAAAUGUCAAAAACAACAAACAUAUGGAUUUAUUCAAUUCAAUGUUUUCAAUUGUGUUGUACUGCACUUGGAAAUUGUGGUCCUGAUGUUUUUUUCUUUGGUCUCGCAAUGCAUAUUUGUGGACAAUUGAAAAUUUUAGAAAAUCAAAUGAUAUAUUUUGGAAAAAUUGGAGAUGAAAUUCAACUUCGUAGAGAUUUGAAUUUAUUAAUUAAAAGACAUAAUCGUCUUCUUAAUAUUUCUCAAAAUCUCGAGGAUUCAUUUAACUGGAUUCUAAUGUUUCAAUUAUUUUUAAAUUCGUUAAUUAUCGUCAUUUUAGGAAUACAAAUAAUUAUUUCCAUAAAAACGGGAAAUACACUACUAUUACCGAGAGUAAUAUUAGCAUUUAUGGUUUUGAUGGCGCAACUUUUUAUCUAUUGUUUAGCUGGAAAUUCUUUAACUGAAUUUAAUAAUAUUACUUUAUUGAGGGCAAUUUACAAUUGUCCCUGGUAUCGUUUUCCAGUAAAUGUAAUUAAAGAUUUGGUUUUUAUUAUGAUGAGAACAACAAUAAAAUUUCACAUAACUGCUGGAAAAUUUUAUAACAUGGAUAUUGAGAAUUUCAAAAAUAUCGUCAAAGCAUCAAUGUCAUAUAUUUCUGUAUUAUUGGUAAUAUGGAAAACUAAGCCUAAGAAAACGCACGCGCAAAUUCAGUUAAAUUCUGUACGUGUUCGCGAACACUUUCAAGAAAAAGAAAAAUUUUUUUUACAAUCUUCAUGGAUUAAAAGGAAAAUGGAAAAAAAAAUGUUUUACAAAAAAAUUCAAGAUCCUAUGGAAAUUUUGAAAAAAGUCGCAUGGCCCAUGGGUGUAUGGCCUAUAAAUGAUAAUUUUUUUUCCUUAUUUCGAACAUUUCUGUUUUCUUUAAUACAGAUUAGUCUUAUCACGUGCGUGACAAUAGAAAUAAAAUUAGGAAUGAAUACUACAGAUGAAGUAAUAGAUCUCAUAGAAUUAGAAAAAUUUGGAGUAAUAGCAGCGUUAAAAGUGUUUUUACUACGAUUUUAUAGUAAAAAUGUGGCUCAAAUUAUUUCCUCAGUGAAUAAUGAUUGGUGUUGGUUGAAAGAGACAAAAUUUCAAAAAAUCAUGAAAACUUAUGGAAAUAUUGGCAAUUUUGUAUUUUAUGCACAAACAUUUUCAACAGCUUCAAUUAUUUCUCUACAAGUAAUUUCCAGUUUAUUAAUUGUUCAACCAACAAUUGAAAUAAAUAAUUUACAAAAUAAUUCUGAAAUUAUUGUUAAUGCAAGAGGAUUUCCAUUAAAAACAAAAUAUUUAUUUGUCAAUGUCUCAUCAAAUUCCUAUGUAUUAAUAUGUAUUCUUCAAACAAUUCAAUUAAUUUCCACAGCAUUUGGUAAUAUUGGAAUUGAUAUAUUUUUUUUUAAUUUAUCAAUGCAAAUUUGUGGUCAAUUGGAAAUUUUAUAUGAAAAAAUAUCGCAACUAGAGGAAAAUGAUGAUUUGACAAUGAUAAAAUUGAAAAUUGUUGAAUUAGUUAAGAGACAUCAACAUUUGUGGCGUGAGGCACAAACUUUAGAAAAUACUUUUAAUUCGACAAUUUUGAUGCAGCUUGCAAUUAAUAUCACUGGAAUUUGUGCAUAUGGCUUACAGGGUAUCGUUAAUAUGCAAAUAUAUGGAAUUUUGGGUGGAAUGAAAUCUUUCUUUGCUGUUGAACUACUAUUGGUGCAAUUAUUUUUAUAUUGCUAUGUGGGAGAAAAAUUAUCAUCAAAAAUAAUGAAAUUAUCAUUUGCAACAUAUCAAAGUUCAUGGUAUAAUUUACCAAAAAAUUUAUCACAAGAUUUAUAUUUUAUUUUAAUGAUUGCCGAAAAACCAUUCACUUUAACAGCAGGAAAAAUGUUAACUAUCAAUAUGAAAACAUUUACCAGUAUUGUCAAAGCAACAGUUUCUUAUUUUUCAGUACUUCGAUUAAUGUUCAAUUCAUAAUCAAGUAUACAAAUCGUUAUUAUUGUAAAUAUAAUUAUUUCCUUUGUUCGUGUUAAAA